AGCGGGGUGCGCGGUGGGUGGAGUUGGCGCUGCUGCGUCCCGAUGGUCGGUCCUGGGCGAACUGGGCUCUAGGGUCUAGAUCGAAGGAUGAAAGAGAAGACGUGAUGUGAAAGGGUUUGGCAACAGAAUCCCGGGGACCCUUCUUGGGAAAUCCCCUUUCCUCUUUGACCCCGCCCCUGCCAGGACUCACCCAGCGACCUUUGCCUACGGCCGGAGUGGCCGACCCACCACCACUGGCCGGACCAAUGGUGCCACCUAGCGGACAGUGUCGGGCGGCCCACGGUGAAGGCGGCGGGGACCCCAGCCUCGAGGAGGUGCUAUUGGACUGGGGUGGUGCUUCAGCACCAGCGUGGGCCGGACAGCGCCUCCCACCCUCGAAACCCGGCUUCGGAACCCCUGGGAUGGGACCCAAGGGCGGGCCCGGAAGGAGCUCCGAACCUCUCGGGACCGCUGUAGUUUACAAAGCUAGAAUUCGUUCCCGGUAUCGAGGCACAAGUGUGAAGGCAGGCGCUAGGACCCGAGAGAACCAGGAAGGCGGAAAGCCAGUGGAGGAGAGCCGACGUCAUCUGCCGGCGCUAGGGCCUCUCGGAGUUCCGGUGGGCGGAGCACACGAGGAGGGCGCAGGCGCAGACUGCGGCCAGAUGGAGCCUGAGCCGGAGCCUGCGGCAGUGGAGGUUCCCCCGGGGCGCGUUCUCAGCGCCCCGGAGCUCUUCGCCGCCCGCUCACGGUCCCAGAAGCUGCCCCAGCGGUCGCACGGCCCCAAGGACUUCCUCCCCGACGGCUCGGAGGCCCAGGCCCUGCGGCUGCGCCAGUGUCGCGAAGAGCUCUGGCAGCUGCUGGCGGAAGAGCGCGUGGAGCGCCUGGGCAGCUUGGUGGCUGCAGAGUGGAGGCCAGAAGAGGACUUCGUGGAGUUGAAGUCUCCUGCGGGUAAGUUCUGGCAGACCAUGGGCUUCUCAGAGCAGGGCCAUCAGCGCCUUCACCCAGAAGAGGCCUUGUAUCUGCUGGAGUGUGGCUCUAUUCAGCUUUUUCACCAAGACCUGCCGCUGUCUAUCCAGGAGGCCUACCAGCUGCUGCUCACCGGGGACACUGUGACUUUCCUACAAUACCAGGUCUUCAGCCACCUGAAGAGGCUGGGCUAUGUGGUUCGACGAUUUCAACCAAGCUCUGUCCUAUCCCCUUACGAGAGACAGCUUAACUUGGAUGGCUACGCUCAGCACCUAGAGGAUGGGACUGGCAAGAGGAAGAGGAGUGCCAGCUCUCAGUCUGUUAAUAAGAAGGCCAAGGCCCUGGAGGAUUCCCUGCUACCCAUAAGCCUGGCCGCCUCCAGCCCACCUGCCAGCGUCCAGAACAGCCAGUGCUCCAUGGAGAAAGCUCAGGAGUCAAAGCCCAUGAAGGGUCCAGGUGUCCCAUUUCAGCUUCUGGGAUCCCUGGAGCCCUGCCCUGGUCUGGCCAGGGAGGGACAGGGAUGUGGCGAGGAGAGUGGCAAAGCAGAGAAUGGAGUCAAGGGGGCUCGUAAGCCUCGGUGGAACUUUGAACAGAUCUCCUUCCCCAACAUGGCUUCAGAUAGCCCCCGCAUCCUCCUGCCUGCGCCAGCCCCAGAGCUGCUCCCGGCCAAUGUUGCUGGGCGGGAGACAGACGCUGAGUCCUGGUGCCAGAAGCUGAACCAGCGAAAGGAGAAGCUUUCCCAACGGGAGCGAGAACAACAAGCAGUGGCCCAGCAAUUCCGGGAGGAUGUAAACGCAGAUCCUGAGGUGCAGCGCUGCUCCGGCUGGCGGGAAUACAAGGAACUGCUGCAGAGGCGACACCUGCAGAAGAGCCAGAGCUGCCCCUCACACUUGUGGGGUCAGCCCGUCACUCCCUUGCUGAGCCCUGGCCAGGCUGACUCCCCAGCCACAGUCCUUCAGCAUAUCUCUGUGCUGCAGACAACACACCUUGCUGAUGGAGGUGCCCGGCUGCUGGAGAAGCCCGGAGGCUUGGACAUCAGCUUUGAUGUUUACCAGGCUGAUGCUGUGGCCACAUUCCGAAAGAAUAGCCCUGGCAAACCCUAUGCCCGGAUGUGCAUCAGUGGAUUUGAUGAGCCUGUCCCAGACCUCUGCAGCCUCAAGCGGUUGACCUUUCAGAGUGGGGAUGUCCCUUUGAUCUUUGCCCUGGUGGAUCACGGGGACAUCUCCUUCUACAGUUUCAGGGACUUCACACUGCCCAAGGAUCUGGAGCACUGACAGUGGUGGUGGGGGGCCGGGCUGGAGCCUUCUGUGGGGAACCUGGGCUGUCUGUUCUCAGGGACCAUCCCAGUUUGGGCCUCGGCCCUAGGUGUCUGAGGAAGUGUGACACCUUGCCCCGUGCCCCGCCCCCUUGCCUCGCCCGCAGGGCUACCUAGCCCCAAGCGAGAGAGUGCUGCCUUGCAGUGACUCCCUUGGAACUCAGGACUGGUUUUCAGAGGCCCAGGAGGUGGGGCGGAAGAGGACUCUGUGCCUCUAAUGAGAGGGUGCCUGCUUCAUGCCAUAAAGCCAAAGCCAUUAAAAAUCGAUUUCUUUUCUACCGUG